AGAAAGAACACUUAGACUGCAUGAGAGAGAGAGAGAGAGAGAGAGGGGUAUGACCACAUUCUCCAUCCCAUGUUUGGUGUCGGAGAAACUUCCAAUAAGUCCAAAGCUUUCCCCGUCAUUACUUGCAGUUAACAGCUAUUGCAGUGCCCAAGAUCUCACGAGCCCUUCAAAAAAACUAUUAUUAGAAACUCAUCAAUCCACCAAUUCAAUUAUUGUUUAUUUAUAAACCAACACAUAUGCAUUAGCCAAUCUUGUUUCCACUACACCCUCCCACCUUCUCUGUAUUAGUUUUCAGAGAGUGAAAAUGGUGGAAAGUCAGAGAGAUUAAGCCAACUAACAAAACCCAACAAGCAUUGCAAGAUGCAUUUGAAAACCCAGUUCUUGAUUUUCUUCUUUUUGUGUUGUUUCAUUGGUUGUUCUUCAUUUGGUUUUGCUGCUGUGCCUAAUGAUGAAGUGUUUGCGUUGCUUUCAAUAAAAGCUGGUCUGAUUGAUCCACUAAACAGCCUCAAAGAUUGGAAGUUGCCAGAAAACGUGGCUAAGUAUGAAGCAACUCACUGUAAUUGGACUGGCGUGUGGUGCAACUCUGAGAGGCAUGUUGAGAGGCUUGAUCUCUCUCACAUGAAUCUCAGUGGCCCUGUAUCAGAUGACAUCCAAUGGCUCAAAGGUCUCACUUCUCUCAACUUGUGCUGCAGUGCGUUUUCUUCAUCUUUGCCAAAAUCCAUGGCAAAUCUCACAGCAUUGAAGAGCCUUGAUGUCAGUCAGAAUUCACUUGUUGGUGACUUUCCAUGGGGGCUUGGGAAAGCAGGUGGAUUGACAACAUUGAAUGCUUCAAGCAACAACUUCUCUGGUUUUCUUCCUGAGGAUCUUGGCAAUGCCACUCUGCUUGAGACUCUGGAUCUUAGAGGGAGCUUCUUCCAAGGCUCAAUUCCAAAGUCCUUCAAGAACUUGCAGAAGCUCAAGUUUCUUGGGCUUUCUGGGAAUAACCUCACUGGUCAAAUCCCAUCAGAGCUUGGCCAGCUUUCCUCCUUGGAAAGCAUAAUUCUUGGGUACAAUGAAUUUGAAGGUGGAAUUCCAAUGGAGUUUGGGAAUCUCACCAACCUCAAGUAUCUUGAUUUGGCAGUUGGCAAUCUUAGUGGUGAGAUUCCAGCUGACUUAGGCAGGCUUAAGCUACUGGAGACUGUGUUCUUGUACAAGAACAAUUUUGAAGGUAAAAUCCCACCAGAAAUGGUAACCAUUACCUCAUUGAAAUUGCUGGAUCUCUCUGAUAACAUGUUAUCAGGGGAACUUCCAGCUGAGAUAGAUGAGCUGAAGAAUUUGCAGCUUCUGAAUGUAAUGUGUAAUAAGUUGUCAGGCUCAGUCCCUUUGGGACUUGCAAGUUUGACUCAGUUAAGUGUUCUUGAGCUAUGGAACAAUUCAUUCUCAGGUCAUUUACCAAGUGAUCUUGGUAAAAAUUCCCCAUUGCAGUGGUUGGACAUCUCAUCCAACUCAUUCUCUGGUGAGAUUCCAUCAACAUUGUGCAAUAAGGGCAAUCUUACCAAGCUCAUCCUCUUCAACAAUGCCUUCACAGGUCCAAUUCCGGUGAGCUUAUCGACAUGCCUUUCACUUGUCCGUGUUCGAAUGCAGAACAAUCUUCUUUCUGGGACAAUCCCAAUUGGUCUUGGCAAGCUUGGGAAGCUUCAGAGGUUAGAAUUAGCAAAUAACAAUCUCACUGGUGUAAUCCCAGGUGACAUUUCUUCUUCUACCUCACUUUCGUUCAUUGAUAUCUCUAGAAAUCACCUCCAUUCUUCUCUUCCUUCUACCAUUCUUUCUGCUCCAAGUUUGCAAACCUUGAUGGCCUCAAAUAAUGACUUAGUAGGAGAGAUCCCAGACCAAUUCCAGGACUGUCCUUCACUUUCAGUGCUUGAUCUCUCAUCAAACCAUUUCUCAGGAACCAUUCCGGCAAGCAUUGCUUCAUGUGAGAAAUUGGUAAGCUUGAACCUUAGGAACAACCAAUUGACUGGAGAUAUCCCAAAAUCAAUCUCCAUGAUGCCCACAUUGUCCAUUCUUGAUCUAUCCAACAACUCUCUUACUGGUGGAAUACCAGAAAAUUUUGGAAUCUCUCCAGCCUUGGAAACUCUCAAUGUCUCAUACAACAAGCUGGAGGGUCCUGUCCCAGCAAAUGGUGUGCUUAGAACAAUAAACCCAAGUGAUCUUGUGGGCAAUGCUGGUCUCUGUGGCGGUGUACUCCCUCCGUGUAUGCGAAACCCAGUAUUUACAUCAAGGCACAGGAGCUUGCACACAAGGAACAUUGUUGCAGGAUGGGUUAUUGGGAUUUUAUCGGUUUUAGCAGCUGGAAUUGCACUUUUUGGUGCUCGAUCUCUGUACAAAAGGUGGUAUUCGAAUGGAAGUUGCUUCGAAGAUAGUUUUGAAGUUGGCAAGGGAGAGUGGCCAUGGAGAUUGAUGGCAUUCCAGAGGCUUGGUUUUACAACUGCUGACAUUCUGGCUUGUGUGAAAGAAUCAAAUGUGAUUGGAAUGGGAGCUACUGGGAUCGUCUAUAAGGCAGAGAUAUCAAGAUCAAACACAGUUGUGGCAGUUAAAAAGUUAUGGAGACCAGCAACAGAUGUUGAAACCGGAAGUAGUGAUGAUCUAGUUGGAGAAGUGAAUGUCUUGGGGAGGCUAAGGCAUCGAAACAUUGUUCGAUUGUUAGGAUUUCUGAACAAUGAUACCAAUUUGAUGAUUAUAUAUGAGUUUAUGCACAAUGGCAGCCUAGGAGAAACCCUGCAUGGCAAGCAAGCAGGGAGGUUACUUGUAGAUUGGGUUUCGAGGUACAACAUAGCAGUUGGCGUCGCGCAAGGUCUCGCUUAUCUUCACCAUGAUUGUCACCCACCAGUCAUCCAUAGAGAUAUCAAGUCCAACAACAUACUACUUGAUGCAAACCUUGAUGCAAGGAUUGCUGAUUUUGGGUUGGCACGGAUGAUGGUUCGAAAAAAUGAGACAGUUUCCAUGGUGGCUGGAUCGUACGGCUACAUAGCCCCUGAAUAUGGAUACACAUUGAAGGUUGAUGAAAAGAUUGAUAUCUACAGCUAUGGUGUGGUUCUAUUGGAGCUUCUCACUGGAAAGAGGCCAUUAGACCCUGAGUUUGGAGAAUCGGUAGACGUCGUGGAAUGGAUUCGGAGGAAGAUUAGGGUAAACAAGAGUUUAGAAGAAGCAUUGGACCCCAGUGUAGGAAAUUGCUUGCAUGUUCAAGAAGAGAUGCUCCUAGUCCUUAGAAUAGCAUUGCUUUGCACUGCCAAGCUUCCCAAGGACAGGCCCUCAAUGAGGGAUGUCAUAACCAUGCUUGGAGAGGCAAAGCCUCGGAGGAAAAGCAUUAGCAACAACAAUGAAGCUUAUGCAACUAAGAAAGACCAGCCUGUGUUUAGCACCUCACCUGUAAAUGGCCUUCUCUAGGGACAGUAAUUUUGAGUUUCCCUAUUUGGCUGUUAUUAUUUUGAUUUUUCAUGCUGUAUGUAAGAUUAAGAUUGCGUUUUGUUAACGUUUGUAAUCAAUAGUUCAUAUAUCUCAUUAUUAGAAUAACAUCUUAAGUACAAAAUAAGUCCAAGACCUCGAUUUUUUCCAA